AUGGUGCCUGGUGCUCCUACAACGAUGCUUCCCGCUUCCGAGGCUGCCAAAAUCUACCAGACCAACUACGUGAGGAACUCCCGCGCUAUCGGGGUUCUGUGGGCUAUCUUCACCAUCCUCUUCGCGAUAGUCAACGUGGUGUGCUUCAUCCAGCCCUACUGGAUCGGAGACGGGAUGGACACGCCGCAGGCCGGCUACUUCGGCCUCUUUCACUACUGCAUCGGAAACGGGCUGUCCCGGGACCUGACGUGCCAGGGAAGCUUCAUGGAGUUCAGCACCAUCCCCUCCGGUGCUUUCAAGGCUGCGUCCUUCUUCAUCGGGAUGUCCAUGGCGCUGGUCAUCGGAUGCAUCGGCUGCUUCACGCUCUUCUUCUUCUGCAGCACAGGCACGGUCUACAAGAUCUGCGGCUGGAUGCAGCUGGCUGCGGGUAAGUUCCCCCGUGAAGGGUGAAGGAGUUCAGAACUUCAGCAGUUCUACAACCACAGAGAAUUCUCUGUAUUCCAGCUGUUCAAUCAGUCAGGUAGGGGAAAUAAACAAUGUGUUAAAGCUAGAAUCCUUAGUUGCUACAUCCAUUCUUGGACUUGUAAAUUAUAGGCUACCCAUUGAUUCUUGAAGAAUAUAACUGAAACAUGCCUCAUGAGCUUAGUUCAACUGUAGUACCCCAUCAGAACCCAAAAUACAAGCUUGUUUUACUCCAAUGUUGGUAAAAAACUUAAAUAUAAACAAACACUGUAUAGCCUAAAAACAUGGUUAAAACUAUACAUUUGAUAUCAUGGGUGGUUAGCCCUUGCAUCUAUAGCUCUGUCAAUGAAUUUGAGAGUGGUUACAUUUCUCCAGCCCCAUCUCUUAGAUUUGUAGCAAAACAGGUGCGGGGAACCCCUUUGUUAUUGUUAAAAUUAAGGAUUCUAGCUUUAAGUGUGCUUGAUAGCAUUAUACUUGACAUCAGUUUUACAAGAAGUGUAUGAUGAAUUUCGGGGGGUUAAGCAAAUAUGUUUCUAUCAAAUGAGCAAAAGCUGACAGCCAUGACAGCCAUGUUUGUUUGUUUGUUUUAACUCACCAUACACUGCCACACUAUCUUUAAAACAUCUAUUAAGGGAGCAAAGACAACCACAAAAAAUACAGCCAGACACGCAAACCACACCGGCCACUUUGCGUGUGCAAGCCUUGCAAAAAUAAAUGUACACAUGCAUGUGUCAAACGCAAACUUGGUUCUAUUUGAGAAGCUCCACGCGCUGCAAUUCCCCUCCUUAUUAGAUAUCAGGAAGAUACAAACCCACAUGGAUGCUUGAAAGACACACGAUAAGAGAUUAAUUAAAGAUAACUAAACACUAACUAGGUUUCCCUUUUUAUCUGUAGAUUAAUCCUUGGAGUAAAAUUCUACAAAGAACCAUCUUAAAAGAGGCCCAUAUGCAUGUCAGGUAAAAUAACAACCCAAUGUUCAUCUCCCAGCUAAAUAUCCAUGAAUGUUUCAUGUGUUUCGACCCACCCAAAAUUAAUAUAAUUGAUGCACAGUUGAUUUUGGUGUUUUAACCUGCCUGUCAUGCUUGCAUCUUGUGGGGAAAGACAAAAUCAAAAUGCGCACGCGGACUCACUCGCGUGGUGUAGUCUGCAGGUAAUGCUCUCUCAUACGUCAGAAUUUGUCAAAACUUGUAAACAAGCAUCACAGUGAAAGUUACUUUGCAGAAUUUAAGCUUGCACAAAAUGCACAGACUCCAGAUUGUGGCUUUAAAGCGGGUGCAUACAAUCAACCAGUGAUCAAUCAAAGGCAAUUAUCCUUCAACUCAUCUCUGUAACAAGUAACACAAACCACUGAUACUCCCCCACAAAUAAAAAAUAAUAAUGAAAUGCGUUAAUGCUGCUUGCCAGAUGUUGGUCUGAGACUCACAACACCAUCCGUCUGUAUAGGCUUGGUCUAGGGGCAGGCGCCUCCCUGUAAAUUAAUGCUGAACAUAAACACCAGCACUGAGAUUAUCCGGAGGAUUCCACAGCAUUGUCAUCCCAUGCUGAAUUAAAACAGAAGCCCUGCAUAAUGAGCACAGCCAGGGUGUUUAUAUCGUGACCUUGUUUUUCCACAUGAAAGAAAGUCACUGCUUAUCCCUCAGUGGUGCCCGCUUGAGUAGGCCCAUAUCCACAAAUUAUCUGAUCUAGGAUCAGUUUAGCAUUUUAGAUCAUCAUGAAUACGAUUAUAUGGACAUAUCCUAGAUCAGCAGUCCUACUCUGAAGCUCUGGAUAUGGUCUUCAUAAUACUGUACAGAUCUGAUCAUGUUCAGACUAUACAGGGGGUGAUCCACAAACUGACUAACGCGGCCUGUAUGAUGCCAAAAAACACACUUUACUAAACAUAUUGUAAAUAUUUAAGUCAUUUAAAUUAAGAAUAUUUUUUUAAUGAUCUCUGCCGAGUUAUGGGGCCUUUUCACCACUGAGAUUCUCUAAAUAUACCUGUGAAAAAUAUGUUUUAUGAACUCAACAGUCCAUGUUUUUUCCCCUCAAAGUCUCUGUCAAGAAAUAUGGCAUCACAAUGUACCAUACUCCUGUAAGGCUGCAGAGCAUGGUUUUUAGAGUGUUCUGUGGUGAGGAGUUAACAUUGGCGAUGAAUGUGAGAGGUCUGAGUGCUUGGGGCCUGUUGGCUGCUCAUUGCUUCCUUGUCUUUUAUUGAUCCAUCACAGCACUUUGCUCGUGGCAAUGACAUGCAUCAUCAGCAUUCAGGCAAUCUCUGCCUCAUUCAACUCACUCACUGAAUCUCUCUCGCAAUCGCUUCCUUUCUCCAUUCUCAUUCUCUCAGAUAUGUCAUGUUGAGGUCACUGAAAUUGGCUAUUAAGACGUUCCUGGGGAGUAGUAAUUGGAAAUAUAGUGUGCUUUCCUUUUCUCAUUGCAGCCACAGAUCCCAGGUGUGAUUGUCAAAUCCUUCUAGGCUCAGUGUAGUCCGACUUCUAUCCAGGAGUAACUGGCUGUUGUGAGUUUCUGUCCAAAACGGCACAUAGCAAAGAGGCACAUCUCCUUAAAAGCAGAGGAGAGGCUGAAUGUCUGAUGAGAGCAAUCCACCUGCAGGCAUUUGAACAGCAACUCCAGAACAGUGCUCUCAAAAUGUAUGCUUCUGUGCAGGUGUGUUUUCAAGGAAAUGUACAUGAAACCAACUGACAUGUUCUUGCCCCUGCAGGCUGCAGCAAUACCUAAAGAGUUAUGUCUCCUUACUACUGUUACCACUCUUGAAGAAUGUGCUUAACUGGCCCACUGCACACAGCAGUUCUCAGGUAGACAUGCCCACUCUGCACUCAGCCUAGCAGCUGCCUGAAAACCAUAGCAGCUGGACCAUCCGCCCUGCCUCCCUACCUCCCUACAACCUCCCUCCCUCUCGCUCCCACCCCCUUGCAUCGCCUUGACCACCCCCUCACUGCGGACCAAUUAACUCCCAAACUAAGACUGACAGGCAGCCCCCUCCAUCACAACCACACUGCAUGGUCGGUCUAUGAUAAUCACGCUCAUCCUGUGACAACUUCCACCAAAUGCCAGGCGCUUCUCCACUCUAGUGGAGGAUGUGAUGGAUGGGCCAGCUCUGGCAGCAUGACAAUGCCUGCCUGCCUGGCUCUAGUGAGGUAGCAGAUUGGUGCUCGGCUCGCCGUCCUGGAUGGAAAUCUGUCACGAGGAUUUUGUUAUCUCAAUGGUUGAAGUCAACUACUUCUUAAAUCUCUGAAUAAUUCCCAAAAGGUUGUAAAUCGCUUAGUUUAAAUAAAUUAAACAAAGACUCAAUCCUGCAAUGGUCACCAUAUUUAUUCAUGAGAGCGCUCUGAAACAAUAUGGUCGUACAAUAUUUUUAUACACACACAUCAGAUGAAAAAUCCCACCCCUCUUUAGGCGUGCUGUAGUUUUCCACUGGAAAACUGCUCUCCUGACCAUCAGGUCACACACACACACACACACACACACACACACACACACACACACACACACACACACACACACACACAGACACACAUGUUCUUAUCAUAGGCUGCAUUCCUUAGUUAUCGCCUCCUCACAAUAUCCUGCAAGCCUUUCACUCCCCUUUCCCUGUGUGUUUUGGGAACCAGUCUAUACUGUUGCUGGGAUAUAAACACAUUUGAUUAAUUCUCUAAGCUCUAGUCUACUAAUUAUUCAUACAUUAUUAGUUUAACUGAGGGUGUGACAUUUUAGUCAUAUCUUACUCACACAUUUCUUUAUCAAAAUCAGAACUCCGCUGCCCAUCCCCUAUUUCCGACCCUCACCAAGGCAAUGCCUGAACACACAGGAAGGUGAUUAUCAUUCAUGUAUUUGGCAGGGGCUCCUUGCUCAGAUUGAAAAUGCCUUCCGCAAGCAAACAAAGGAAUCAGGGGGGCUCUUGAGUGUGUUGUGGAGGCAUUUCAACGACCUGUUUCCUGGCUCUGUUUGGACCACUAGGCUGCUCGUAUGGGUAAGUGGCCUGCACAGUGGCUGCACAUCGCUGCACUCAGUACCGGUCCAAUGUGCCCCCUGAGACGGAAGCUGGCAUUAGCAUUGAACAUUAAAAGGCCCAUUUUGUUGCUAGUGGUUUAUUGAUUCAGAGGUUUCUGUGCAGAACAGAACAGCACAAAGCUCCACUAAUGGGAGACAGCCGCUGUCACCGUUUGGCUCCUCAGCUGCUUACAGGCAGCACUGUUUGUUUGUCUAUUUAUUCAGGUGUGUGAGUGUGUGCUCUCUUUACCAUGUCUUUAAUUUAUCCUAGGUGUCUGCCACAAUCCCUCAAUCUGGGGAUUGGGCCAACUCGUGCCUAUGCAUAAGAGUGCAUGAUUUGGCAUUUAAAUACACACAGUCUGUUCAGCACUCAUACAGUACUGUGGCUGUUGGGGAUCUUUGCACAGUGUGGCUCUCCAUUUCUCACACUUCUUUAAAAUAGAGGCAAGUGAGAGACAUCACAUGGUGCCUUGCUGGGGAAAGAGAGGAGGUGGAUAAGAGAUGACAACUAAGGGAGGGGAUGAAGACCAGCAGGGAGGAAAAGAUGAAAGCAGAUUAAAGAACAUGGAAAGUGAUGGUCAAAAAGAAGGAUUUGGAGAAAAAAAAACAGAGAGAGGAAGAGUUAAAAUAUUGAUGCUGAAAAGUACUAUCAAGAGAUGAGGUCAGGAAGAAAGCCAUGCCAUUAGAAGUUCAAGCUCGGGACCAGCCAGAUCUGGGACCAGGCUACAUAUUUCACCAAUGUCUUUCUGAACUGAAUAUGACCUGCCAUAAAUGAGAGCUUAGUUAACCUCCCUCUCCACUCACAACUUUACAAGGUUGUGCACUAAGCCAGUGGUGUCAUAGUACCACUAAAGACAAUAGCUAAUGACAUCAACCAGCUCUUAUCCUUCCUGUCAGUGGUAACAUGAUGGACUGGCUGGCUGGGCCUGAGAGGAUUAGGGAGAUGAUGUAACAUGACCAAACGGGAGUCCCAGUUACACACACACACAAUCUAGCACCAUUAGUCAGAGCUUUAGAGGACAGUAGAAGUAGUGUGGUGGGACAUCAGGAGGAGUUGUGAAUGGGGCAAAUGAAAGCCGGCUCACUACUCCAGCUCUGUGGAAGCCCAUUGAGUCUCCCACAGCAUACUCCACAGAUCAGAGAGUCUCCCACAGCAUACUCCACAGAUCAGUCUCCCACAGCAUACUCCACAGAUCAGUUUCCUACAGCAUACUCCACAGAUCAGUCUCCCACAUCAUACUCCACAGAUCAGUCUCCUACAGCAUACUCCACAGAUCAGUCUCCUACAGCAUACUCCACAGAUUAGUUUCCUACAGCAUACUCCACAGAUCAGUCUCCUACACCAUACUCCACAGAUCAGUCUCCCACAGCAUACUCCACAGAUCAGUCUCCUACAGCAUACUCCACAGAUCAGUCUCCUACAGCAUACUCCACAGAUCAGUCUCCUACAGCAUACUCCACAGAUCAGUUUCCUACAGCAUACUCCACAGAUCAGUUUCAUACUCCACAGAUCAGUCUCCUACACCAUACUCCACAGAUCAGUCUCCCACAGCAUACUCCACAGAUCAGUCUCCUACAGCAUACUCACAGAUCAGUCUCCUACGCAUACUCACAGACAUCUCCUACAGCAUACUCCACAGACCAGUCUCCUACAGCAUACUCCACAGAUCAGUCUCCUACAGCAUACUCCAGAUAGAGAGACAAAGGGCCCAACCCUCUAUCCAUCUCCUCUUUACUCAUCUCUCUCUCUCCUCUUUAACUCAUCCCUCUCUCUGUUGCCUCCCCAUUCAGCAAAGCACCGGUCCAGGCACCGCUGUCAGCUACACACACUCCAUCCUUUUAGAGUGUAAUGUUAUGUACAAUGGGCCAAUGGACCUUUAAGCCUCCAAUGCAGUCAUCAGGAAGUUAGAUGGAGUACCAGCCAGGCAUGAAAUGUGUGCUUUUUCAAACCCUGCUCCCAAAUGAUCAGCAUAGCAUGCCUCUUAAUAGAACUGUCAGCUGGUGAAUAAAUUAGAAAGCAGACGUUGUGCGUCAUGAGAUGUGAAGGUUCAGAGCAGGAGGUGUUUUAUGUCUCUUCCUGUGGAUUACAGGUGGCAGAUACAUUGCCAGGUUUAGGAUGUCAUUCUGACACAUCCUGUACCUGCCAACGACCAAUAAGAUGGGUUUGGGCUAAGAGGAGAGAAUCUCCCAUGGUUGUGCAUCUGCAAUGACUGUAGAUGCCAUUAUUGGGAUUAGCUUCAAUAACAUUUCAUUACUAGGUCUGGUGGUUUAUGUACACUCUUAUUAUUCAGAUGUGGGAAAUUGUUUUAAAGGUGUUGUGAUCUUAUCGUAUUGGUGCACACAAUUACUUUGAUAAAAUAGCUAGUCAAUUUUUCAUGAGUUUGAUUGGCAGCUGUGAUGGAGGACUUGCUAGGCCUGUUAGAAAUAAAGUGAGAGUGACAUCUCUGAUUGAAGAGUUGCAUGCUCUUUUGGGACUGAACUGUGACUGACCGUUAUGAUUGGUUAUGAGAGAGAGGGAGAGAGAGAGAGAGAAAGAGAGAGAUGGGGAGAGAGAGAGUGAUGGGGAUAGAGAGAGAGAGAGAGAGAGAGAGAGAGGAGAGGAGAGAGAGAGAGAGAGAGAGAGAGGGAGAGAGAGAGAGAGAGAGAGAGAGAGAGAGAGAUGUAAAGCAGAAGAGAGGUUUGAAAGACAGCCGAUUCCAGAGAGCCACAUCUAACAUAGCAUGACAAUACAAAUCCCUAAAGAAUAGUUAGUCCUCUGGGAGUACAAUAUAGCCUCAUUCAAAAUGCGUUCUAACACUCAACUAUCUUAUGAUCAAUUUCCUGCCAAUCAAAUAUGCUUGGUAUGGAGUGCAAGCAUCAGCCAUACUGACAAGGAAAAUUCAGAGCAAUGUUGAUAUAUUUGAUGGAGGCCUAUCUGUCAAUACACUGUUCAGCUCUGAAGUCAAACUCAAGCUUUCGUAACCACAGACACUCUGACUUUACUGCAUCAUUAAACCAACUUCCAGUAAAGCAGAGUCAUUUAAAUGAGCUAUUAAAGUGGGUUCCUGCGCAUCAGCGGAUUUUCAUUGUAAACCAGCACAGUUUAACCACUAAUUGAACUUUGUGAUUUUUCAGGUGUAGGCUUUCCCCAGUGCAUGUCGCGCUUCCUAAAGAGCUGUGUCUUUCUGGACAACCUUUUCUCCCGGGGUAUCAGCCUCGGUGCCACAGGUGGGUGGGGUAACUCACUGUGUUCGCCCUGGUUCCGUGGCACCGCUCGGCUAGCGUUAGCGUUAUUUCCUGCUGUAGCUCUUUCAAUGGGGGGCUAAAUAAUGGGAUUAGGCCUGGUCGACUGACUGAGCCGCCGGUACAGCUGACAGGAGAGACAACACAGCCUUUCCUAGAGGUCUCGCAGGAGGCACAUGGUUUAUGUGUCAGUCUGCUGUUCACUACAGCAGCACAUGUUAUGUCAGUCUGCUGUUGGGGAUGCAAGCUACAGCUCAGUAACAGUACUAAUCAUGUUAAUAAUAAAGCACCACAUAGGGACCUAGCACUAGGGGACAUGGAGGGGGUGGUGGGUGAGGGAAGAAGAUUGGCAACUCUAAGUCAGACACUAACAGUAUGGGGUAAAAGAGUAGAGAGACAAGGGCUCUCUAGCGCUAUGUCUAUGGUGUGUGUGUGGCUGUGUAUUCCUACACAUUUGACUGUUCUCCUUUGGGAGUUCUGCAUGCACAGUAUUUGUCAGCACUACCUGGGUAAUCUUGGGUAGAAUGAGCAAUCUAUGAAUGCUCUACUCUGCAAUACAGAUCUUGCUCAGUCUGCUACAGUACAGAUGUAGGAUCUUAAUUUGAGCCAGAAUGCUACAGCAGGAAAAUAAUCCUGCAGCAACAGGAAAUGUGAAUUAUUAUGUGGAUUAUAAUUAAAGGACAUUUUUGUAGAGGUUGAUACAUUUUUCGUAAGUAAAAAUCUAAAGUGGAAAUUACAGACUUCAGAAGCCUUUUUUAAACCUCAAAUACACUACAAGUUUUACAUUUCCUGCAUUGCAGUUAAGUUCUCCUGCAACAGGGUGAUCAAAUUAAGAUCCUACAUCUGUAUCAUCCAUCCCCAAGGAAGCUUCACUAAAUAGCUAGGCCACCCACCACUGCACAAGGGAUCAAUGACAAAUCCCCCAGCAGGGGAAAGUGAAUUUUUACAUUUACAUUUACAUUUACGUCAUUUAGCAGACGCUCUUAUCCAGAGCGACUUACAAAUUGGUGCAUUCACCCUAUAGCCAGUGGGAUAACCACUAAUCUCAAGGAGCAUAAGCUUUUCUCACUUUCUCUCUCCAUUCUCUCUCUCUGAUACAACUCAGCGAACCCUGAUCAUAGUGAGAGAAGCUGACUUAUUUAAAGCAGGUGGGUUUAUGCCAAAUGUAAAACUUAAUUUUAGGAGGUCACUUGUAGAAGUAGCGAUCAUCUACUGUAGUAGCGUGUAAAAAUAAGUUGACCCAAUUGACUUGUAAUUUUUAAGUUUGUCUUACUGCAGCUAGGCAAAACCUUUUUGCUAUGGUCAAGUGUUGACAUAUGUGUUCAAAUAAAGCUAUAAUAGAGCAUUGACAAGAACAUCAAAUGUUAGUGUUUGUCCUACAUUAAUUUAGUAGUGGUGCACCAAAUGUCUGCCAAGACACGCUUUUAAGAUCAGAGUGUGACGAGGUGAUGUUGAAGGAGUCAGGCGCAGGAGGGUAAAUCACAGAAUAACAGGCUUUAUUACACAACCACAGAGUUACGCAGGAACGUGUCAAACACUCCAGGGUGCAAAACAGGCGCACUGGAAAAUACAAGGCACACAGGAAAAUAUCCCGGCGAGGGAAAAUACAAGGCACACAGGAAAAUAUCCCGGCGAGGGAAAAUACAAGGAGCUCCACCGAGCUUCACUACUCUCCACAAUAAACAAUCACACACAAAGACAAGGGGGACAGAGGGAACACUUACACAGGUACUGAUGAGGGGAUAUGAACUAGGUGUGUGUAAUAAACAAGACAAAACAAAUGGAAUGAUGAGAUGAGGAGCAGCAGUGGCUAGAAGGCCGGUGACGACGAACGGCGAAGCCUGCCCGAACCAGGAGGGGAGGCAGCUUCGGAGGAAGUCGUGACACAGAGUGACACGUUACAACAUCAGAUCGUCAGAGAAACCUCCAAGGUAACUAGCUAGCUAGCUUGUAAUCCUGGAAGUGUAUCCAACCCUAUUAAUAGAUGUAUAGAUGUAUGCCCCAGGAAGACCCUCCCCCUGCUACCUCUGCCACCGCUGCUGAAAGAAAUCCUAGUGGAAACAGUGAAUGUGGAGAUAGUGGCUGGUGCUAGUGGGUGGUGGUGGUAUAGGUUUUAAGGUGGCAGCAGUAGACAUGCCAAGUGACAGACAGAAGUCUUUCCACAGUUCAAUAAGAAUUGAUUACCCUGGUUCCAUAGAGGUAAUUAGUGCUGAUACAAAGAAGGAGUAGACCCUGAGGUCCUGAUUGCAGCUCUGGUCCUGUCAAGCUCAUCAUCCCCAGCGCUUAGAGAUCUACAUAUCAACAACUUCAUCCUCUACAUCUUGGGUUCUUAAACCUUUUCAGCUCGAGACCGAAAUGAGAAAUUGACCGUCCUCCCGUGACCCAAAUCGUCAUCCAACAAUGUAUUCUCAUAACUGCGACCCACCUCUCACAUGCCCAGGGUCCACGUUGGGUCCCGACCCCAUAGUUUAAGAAAGCCUGCUCUAGAGGCAAGAGAUUCCCUAAUGCGGUCAGACAGCAGACAACCUCAAACAAGAUAACCUCUGAACCUCAAAUAACCAUGGAAACCUCUGCUGCAAACACCAACCGCUAAAGAUAAGACAUCAGGGCAUUUAGUUUCAUAAUUGUGUACUUAAUGUAUACUUGUAUGUGUAAGACAUUACUUUAACUUUGGUGCAUCUAUCUAAGGGUCACAACAAGGCUUUCUCUAUAGAGCCACAGUUAAGUGACUUUCUCUGGGCUGAAUUUCCCCCAGGUCUGUGAACCUUAGCAGAGAGAGCAUUCACAUUCACAAUUGAGAUCUCACUGUCAGCAUUGUUUAUCCAUUUAAUAAAUGCAGUGAGCCAAAAUGCAAAGUACAUGACUUUGUAGACAAAAGCAUGUGUUGAAGCAUCUUGAAUCCCUGAAUCCCUGAAUCCCUUCCGGUCUUUUAGAAAUGCGUGAGCCAUAUCAAUAACACUGCCUAACUCUGGUUUGUGAAUAAAUUAUAGUUGUGUCAAACUUGAAUGAAGGCUUUGAAGGCGUUUGGUAUUUCAAGUUGCCCUGUGGGAGCAGUUUUAGAUGAAAUGCAAUCAUGAGCCGUGCAAAUACAUUCAUAUGUGCUGUAAGCAGCAGAUAGCAGGUAGAAAAUAAACUCUGUUUUCAAAUUCAAAUUGCUUUAUUGACAUUCAAAACAUUGCGUCAACAAUGUAUACAAUAUACUGUUGCUCUUUUGAAUCACAUGAACUCAAACACAAUGCUGCAGCCCAUUCCAGCAAGCUGCAUCUCACUGCUCAACCACAAGUGAAAAGGUCUAUAGAGACCUCUCUCUCUUCUCUCUCCCUGUCCUGAACAAGCAUAUCCCUUCCUGACUUCAUAAUUAAAAGAAAUAAUGACAGUUGAGAGUUGUUUAAUUAUGACUAGAGGCAAAAGGGUAACAAUUAACUACAGAUAAAGACUAUGUGAGGGUGUUAUGAAUGAAAAUUAGAUUAUUAUUAUUAACAACACUGACUUUCGCCUACAUGUGCCAACAAACUAACCAUAAGACACCCACAUGAAAACACGUGUGAACAAGAUCUGUUUCUUAUGCUGGAUAUUCUUGAGGUGGCUUCAACACCCUAAAAUGAGGGCUAUGAAUCAACACCCCAAAAUGAGAAUAUGAAGCUCAUUGAAUUGUAUUGGCCAUGUUGAUCAACUAUGACAAGCACAUCUAGCAUACAGCAUGGUGAACUAUUCUCACCACCAAACCUUCUGCUCUCAACCUUUUAUUCCAUGGGACCAGCUGUUAGAUUCAAACCGCUGUUUGAUCCAUCAGUCCAGACAUUGUUGUUGUAGUCUAAGUAGAGAUAGGCUGUAGAUGUAUUUACCCCCACGUAUCCUCCAGUCUCUAUGUCCCAGCCAGCGUUCAGAUGAGGAGUUGGCGUUAUAGAUUUCCAAACUGUGUUUAUCACCAGAGCCAAGCAAAGGAGACAGGCGUUUGAUUUAUCCCCCUCUUCUGGGAGAGGGAGGAAGGGAAGAAGGAGGGAGGGAGGGGAAGAAGGAGGGACAAGGUGAACCAUUAAAAAAGCAGCGAGACAGCAGCAGCAGUGUGUGUGUGUGUGUGUGUGAUGUUGGUGUGUCUGAGUUUGCUUUGUUAAGAGACUGUUUCUGUCAUCUAUCAGUCUCUCCAACCGGCUGGUUAUGACACCUGGCUGUCAUUGUUGGGUUCUCUUGUUGGGUGAUUUAUGGUGAAUGAAUGGGCUUCAGCGAAGGUAAGACUACUUCGCCCAGUUACUCAGGUCUAGAAAACAACAACACCACCUGUAAACUGCUCAUCUUUAAGAGACUCUGUGCUUGAUAUCUGACUGUGUGGGCAGUGGUGACUCGUCUUGUACUGGCCAAAGUCUUCAGAGACCUUUGACUUUUUUUAUUUCCACACCAAUCAAAGGAGGACAUAGGGCAAAUCCUUUGAUGUGCUGGACCUGGGCAGUCAUCCGCUGUGUUGGAGCGUCUCAUCCUACUCAUCAUGUCUCUCUCUUCCUCCCCUGCUCCACCUGAUCCAUGGCUAAUCAAUCAGUCAUUGUUUUGAUCACCUCUUCCACCCGCAAACCAAAACCCAAGCCCUGAGGGCAAUCUCAUUCUCCAUGUUAUCCUCACAUGGCCGCAUCAUCAUCUCCCAGCUCUUCGACACCCUUCAUCUUAAUCUGCUCAUCACUCAAUACAUCAUCAUGGAUUGGGUUUUCCUGGGCUUGGCUGGCAUAUUGCCGUGCCUCCAGCAUGUAUUACCCUAGCUAGCACCAAGUCUCUCCCAGUCUGGGAGAAGCAGCCUGUGACCUCAGAGUUGAAGGGAAACAUGACAGCCUAUUGUUAGCCAGCCACAGAGACCAGGACCUGUCAUAGGGGUCUAAUAAACGACCAGCAGGGAUGUUUUCCUGGAGCACCCUGUCAUUGUUAAGUAAGCACUCACACCCCUUGGGGAAUUGCCCCCUGAACAGUAAUUACAGUGAAGGAAGGCAAGUGCAGCCAUGUGAAUGGGAAACUACCCACUGGGCAAAAACUGGUUGAAUCAACGUUGUUUCCAUUUCAUAAAAAAAUCAAAAUAAAUGUGAUGACGUUGGGGCGGCAGGUAGCUUAGUGGGUAAGAGCGUUGUGCCAAUAACCGAAAGGUCGCUGGUUCUAAUCCCCGAGCCGACUAGGUGAAAAAUCUGUUGAUGUGCCCUUAAGCAAGGCACUUAACCCUAAUUGCUCCUGGAAGUAGCUCUGGAUAAGAGCGUCUGCUAAAUGACUCAAAUGUAAAAAUUUUGAAUCAAUGUGGAAAAUGGAUUGGAUUUGCAAAAAACGUAAGGGCAUUUUGUAGUUUUUUAACCUAAAGCCAAUGACAUGGUGAAAUGUGUUGAUUUCAUGUUACAUGACAACUCAACCAAAUGUAAAUCAAAACUAGACGUUGAACUGACCGCUGUGCCCAGUGGGAAAUUAGCACCAAUGGUAUGUGAUAUGGGGUCAGUGUGUAUAUUUAAUGGGAUCUGGAUCUCUUUAAGCCAAGAAAUUGAAAUUAAUUGGUGUGCAAUAUCUAAAGGAAUGGUAGUACUGAGCUGAGCAGGUUUUGAGGAACAAUGUUCACGCUGUGAAAGAAACAGCUAAUGAUGUUGACGGAGUGUUUCUUUCAAAGCGAGCCUUGCCAAGACUGUGGGAAAAAAACUAAGACAAAUGAGGUCUGUGUUGUGAGGACAUCAAAUGGCUUCGGCACUCGCCGAGCAGCACAACAGCAGAGGUUGUUGUCUGAUAAACUUAGCGCAGUACAUUGGUCUCAGGGAAGGUGUGGUUGAUACUCCAGGGAAUCUGGAUGACGACACGUUCUGUGUGCAUAGCUGCACUUAUGACUUAUUAUACUAUCGCCCCUGGGUUCAAACACCAUACGUCUCUUUAAUGAGAUAGUCUAUGUUGAAGCUUGUGGUUGAGCAUUGUAGAUAAGUUAUUUCUGUGUUGCAGUGUUGAUCUAGCUGUAACCCAGUUUGUUUACACGGACCUGUUAAUGAGGGUUACGGCUCGGAGGAUGCGUGGCUGAGAGAGAGGUGCACUGUUUCACCGUUGUUUGCUGCCAGCUCUGCAGUCAAUAUUCUUUCCGAGCUUGGCUUGCUCGCUCCUCGGGGUUGCCAUGGAAACGGCACACUACUAGCUGGCUUCCUGCCUCUCCCUCUCUUGUUGCUGUGAGAUGGGCAGGAACUCUCGGACACGGUAAGCAGAGACCGGUGUAGUGGUCAAAGAGGUUCCUGCUGGGAAGGCACCGCUGGACAGUUAAAAGGUGUGUCUCCAUGGCAACCAGCUGGAUAUGGACCGGACUGCCCUUUAAGAUGUUCCCUGCUGCCCUCGCACCAUGGGCACUAGUCGGCAUCAAAGCCUUCCCUCUGAUACAGCUCUGCCAUGCAUCACUGCUCACCAAGCUCCUGCUGAUCACUCUUGCUGACAUAAGAUCAGAGUGGGUAGAGAGAGACACAAUGUGUCUGGCCCCUCUACACAGACAAAGAAAGUACUGACAGUCCAUCAUUUAGUUCUGAAACUAGAAUCAACCACUCACAUCUCUCACUCUGUAGAAAUUGUUCAGCUUCAUAAACAACUUUUAAAUUCCACAAUUAUUUCAGUAUUCCACUGUCUCUCUGUGACACUCUGCUUCCAGAUUAUCACUAUUGUCCCUUUCAACCUUCUCUUCCCACUUCAGCUGAAUGUUAUUUUCACGAUUACAGCACAACAGAGACAGUUGCAUAAAGUGACCCUGCAAGAUCACUCACUCUAUCCCCUCCUCUCUCAGUCCAUGUCAUAAAUGCUGUAGGUGGGUGUAGUGGUGGAAUCAAGCGCAGGACACCGAAGUAUAGUCCAAAAGACUUUAGUGGAAUAUCCAACAAGGAAAACCGAACAAACUUGCCCGAAGGCGAAACUACGCACGUAGGCGACAAACAAAAGGCGCACUACACAGGUGCGUAAAACGCUCCAACACAGUGGAGUAAAGCUCAACCGAGCGAAUAAGGAAAUCGACAAGCAAACAUACGACAGGAACAAUCACACACAAACACAGACACACCCAACGAGACUUAAAUAGAACACUAAUGAGGACUAACUAGACACAGGUGUACAACAUCAAGACCAAACCAAACGAACAUGAAACAUAGAUCGGUGGCAGCUAGUACUCCGGGGACGACGACCGCCGAUGCCUGCCCGAACCAGGAGGAGGAGCAGCCUCGGCCGAAACCGUGACAGUCCAUCAUUAGUCAGCUUGGUACUUCCAAAUUGAUCUCCGAGCAGUAGAGAGAGGAUCACAUCACAUGUACCCUUCCGUCAGCCCAGAUCAGAGGAAUAUUAAAACAAUCCCAUCAGCCAACUUCAAAUGGCGCCGGGUGGGUAAAAAUAAAUGAGGACAUCUGUAGAACAGUCACAGGAACUGCCUGCAUCAUCUGCCACUUCCAGAACCCUGUCACCACAUCUGAGGAACUUGGGAAAGAAAAGAGGGAUCCACGCUGAAUAGUGAUGAAGUUCUUCUAAUCUAAUGCAGAGAUGAGUAGGCUAUACUAGGGCCCAUCUCUUUCUGUAAAAUAAAAAACUCAGGGAAUGGAUUUUUGUUAGACAUCAAGCAUUGAUGAGACACCUGGGUUGAUUGGUGCAAUGUAGAACUAACCCUGUGGGGGAAUUCUCUUGGCAGCUUGCAGCUCUCCAGCAGAGUGGAGGAAGUCGCUUUUCUAUCGCUGCUCAUUCCGCACAGUCAGUAGCAGUCCCCAGUCUGUAGCUGCCUGGGUCCUAUCCAAAAAGCCUUGUUACUUUAUGAUACUAUAUUACUAUUCAGCUUAUCCCUCUCAUUCCCUCUCAUGGAAGCGCAUCAAAACAUUAUUAGGUAGAUUUUAUUUUCUCUACUCACAUGAUUACACAGUGCGUCAACAAAUGUUGUUUUUCCCUGUGAGGCUGCUUUGCUUGUCACUGUGGCUCCUCGUCGGCAGACGCUCGAUACUCGGCGGGUCUGCUGGCAGCCGCCAGUAAUUAAUUGGAACACCUGUUCCCAAUCACCUCUUCUGUUCCUCCGCCCUAGAGGUUCAUGGGAAACGGUUUCCAAUGUGUGGGGCUACUGUAAUACUACAGCUCUUUAUGAGUAUGAUAAAAUGCUAGUCAUAUCUGAGAGAGGGGUUGAGCGUGAGUGUCCGUGACUCUUUAGUAGGGAUUGAGGCAUAUGGCAGGGCUGGGUUUACUAAUGAGAUGUGAUGAAAGAGUGACAGAUAGAGAGAGAGAGAAUGAGGGAAUUAAAGAGAGGAAAAGAAAGGAAGAGGGAAAUGAGAGAGAGAGAGAGGGAGAGGAAAGGAGAGAUAGCUGGCUGUGUGACUCAUGUCGGCCUCUGUCACAGUGUCAGGAGUGUGUGACUCUCUCAGCUACCUGUAGCAAAGAGGAAGAGGCGACGCAAGAGGUUUUACUCCGCCCAAAAUCUGUCCGCGAAAAUAAGCCCAUGAAGUGAGGAAUUUCUGUAUGGAUGUCAAUGAGAGUGUCAACAAAAAAUGGAAUUGCUGAUUUGCUGCGUGUGGCUUAUUUGAUCUAAUAGAAGUUUCGUAAUGCUUAGGUUGUUAUGAAUGCACUGAUAUAAGUGGACACACAUGGCAUUUUGGCAACUUUAUAUCGGAGCCUGUUGUCAUAGCGAUAGAUAGAGGACUCAUCAUGGAUAAAACCCGUUUUAGCAUGGACAUUGCCAUUGAGGUCUUCCACCAUUUUAAAGUAGUCAACUGGGUGGGGAUCCCUAUGAGUUGGGAGCAAUCAGCCAAUGAAGAAGAAGAAAAUGGUCUACUUUAAAAUGGAGCCCAUGCUGUGACAGAUACUAUAAUAGCACAGAUACAAAAAUGAGUCCUCUCAUUGGCUAGAAUGGCCCCACCUGAUCUCGCCUCCUCCCGCCUGCCUUCCAUCUUUGAGGACAUGUUUUUCCAUUGUUAGAGUGGUCAGUUGACUAUCUUGUCAAUGUAAUUAACAAUCUUUGGCUGUAGUCACCCACAUGCACAUAACAUGUCACUUCCUGUAAGGAUCACAGGAUUGACAACAGGCCGCCAGUCACCAUGAUGAUGUCAUGUGGGCUUUCAUAGAGGGAUUUAAACCAGUGGGGGUCAGUCAGUGAGCUUUCUUAGAGAGAUUUAAACCAGUGGGGGUCCGUCAGUGGGCUUUCAUAGAGGGAUUUAAACCAGUGGGGGUCAGUCAGUGGGCUUUCAUAGAGGGAUUUAAACCAGUGGGGGUCAGUCAGUGGGCUUUCAUAGAGGGAUUUAAACCAGUGGGGGUCAGUCAGUGGGCUUUCAUAGAGGGAUUUAAACCAGUGGGGGUCAGUCAGUGGGCUUUCAUAGAGGGAUUUAAACCAGUGGGGGUCAGUCAGUGGGCUUUCAUAGAGGGAUUUAAACCAGUGGGGGUCAGUCAGUGAGUUUUCAUAGAGAGUUUAAACCAGUGGGGGUCCGUCAGUGGGCUUUCAUAGAGGGAUUUAAACCAGUGGGGGUCAGUCAGUGGGCUUUCAUAGAGGGAUUUAAACCAGUGGGGGUCAGUCAGUGAGUUUUCAUAGAGAGUUUAAACCAGUGGGGGUCCGUCAGUGGGCUUUCAUAGAGGGAUUUAAACCAGUGGGGGUCAGUCAGUGGGCUUUCAUAGAGGGAUUUAAACCAGUGGGGGUCAGUCAGUGGGCUUUCAUAGAGGGAUUUAAACCAGUGGGGGUCAGUCAGUGAGUUUUCAUAGAGAGAUUUAAACCAGUGGGGGUCAGUCAGUGAGUUUUCAUAGAGAGAUUUAAACCAGUGGGGGUCCGUCAGUGAGUUUUCAUAGAGAGAUUUAAACCAGUGGGGGUCCGUCAGUGGGCUUUCAUAGAGGGAUUUAAACCAGUGGGGGUCAGUCAGUGAGUUUUCAUAGAGAGAUUUAAACCAGUGGGGGUCAGUCAGUGAGUUUUCAUAGAGGGAUUUAAACCAGUGGGAGUCAGUCAGUGAGCUUUCAUAGAGGGAUUUAAACCAGUGGGGGUCAGUCAGUGAGUUUUCAUAGAGAGAUUUAAACCAGUGGGGGUCAGUCAGUGAGUUUUCAUAGAGGGAUUUAAACCAGUGGGGGUCAGUCAGUGAGCUUUCAUAGAGGGAUUUAAACCAGUGGGGGUCAGUCAGUGAGCUUUCAUAGAGGGAUUUAAACCAGUGGGGGUCAGUCAGUGGGCUUUCAUAGAGGGAUUUAAACCAGUGGGGGUCAGUCAGUGGGCUUUCAUAGAGGGAUUUAAACCAGUGGGGGUCAGUCAGUGGGCUUUCAUAGAGGGAUUUAAACCAGUGGGGGUCAGUCAGUGGGCUUUCAUAGAGGGAUUUAAACCAGUGGGGGUCAGUCAGUGGGCUUUCAUAGAGGGAUUUAAAUCAGAAAAACAACAUCUACGCCUAUGAGGAUUAUCGUAAUGAUUCAUGCAGAUUUAUGUUGUGAUGAAAAGACAAAGGGAUUUUCUAUUGCUGUGUCUGACAAUGGGUUGAAUGGGUCAUUUUCCUUUGCAUUUUACAAUAAUCUACACUAUGCUGCCUUGGGAGACAGUAAUAACAUAAGAGUUUAGCUUUUUUCUGUCUGGCAUAGCAGGUUUCAUAGGUAUACUAUAAAUCAUAUGACCUUUUUUUAAUAUAAAUGAAGGAAUUUAAGAUAUCAGUCCAGCAAAUACAAGAGCAUGAUCUUGCGUGGCUCAGUUGGUAGAGCACAGCACCUGCAACGUCAGGAUUGUGGGUUAGAUUCCCACUGGGGCCACCAAUAUGAAAAAAAGGUAUAUGCACGCAUGACUGUAAGUCGCUUUGGAUAAAAUCAUCUGCUAAAGGGCAUAUAUUAUAAUGCUCUGCAUUUUUUGAAAACGAAAUUCUCUGAAAUAUUCUUCAUAAGGAGUCAUAACAGUGUACCCUUGCACAUUUGGUAGGAAUAAGGCAUGCAUAACCUUGUGCUUCGGUCGACUGUUUAUGUUUUCCCCCCUGGCUAUUAUGAAUAGCUAAUAAAACUAUAACUGUUGUGAUCUUCCCUGGGCCUGGGGCUGAUAGAGGUGUGGGUGACUUGCUGCAGAAUGAUUGGGUUAUUAAUUUGAUCCUCAAUCAAUUUUAUGGCACACUGUCCUCCAGGGACCGUACAUAAACCCCUCUGCUGGAGGAAUGGAAAACAGAGCAGAUUUCUCUGCUGUGAAUAGGAUAGGACUUUUUCCUGGUCAGGUCAGAAAAUACUAAAAGUUCAUAGUAAUGAAUUGCAGAACAAAUACAAAAUAUCUAUUGGUUUAAUUAAGAACCAUCGUUGCUGCUCAGUUAAGGGGAGGACGGACUAGUCUUGCUUGUUGAACACUUUGUUUCCUCUCUUUAUGUGUCAGAUAGGAAGCAUUGGGAUUCUAACCCUGUAACCUCCCGAUGGUACUUCCAUUCAGCAAGCCCUCCCUCUAUCCCUCUAUCCUUCUAUUCAUUCUCACCUUCCUCCUCUCCUCUCUCUAGGAAAGAAAACAACACGCACCUCAUAGAAUUCUUACUCUGUUCAGACACUCAUUGUAUACACUCAUAGUGCUUGUUCCUGACAUGAUGCUCUUUGCCUCUCUCUCUCCCUGCUCUAUCUGUGCACAGUAGAGAAGCAACAGCUACACUUGAUGUAAUUCUGAGCCUGAGCCAUAGAGACAGAGUGCUCAGCUCUUUCCCUCUCUCAUUCUGCCCCACCCUCUUUCUUAUCUCAUUCCUUCACUUUUAUCUCUCCCCCUCUCCUUCCCUGUCUGCCUCCUUGUAAAAUCCUUAUCGGCCGCAAUGACAAAUGAAACAAUGUGGGAGAGAGAAAAAUAUGCAUGUAAAUGCUAUUGUCUGCACUCUAAUCCAAACCACAGAGAGGGGGAACAGCUCAUGUAAGCCAGUUGAGUGAAUGCAGCAGGUCUCCAGUGGGGGUUUCAGCACCUCUUGAUUGGACAGCUCCCUGCUAGCAUUACAACUCAACGGUCUAAAAUGAAUCUCUUUGGCUGUAAUCACAUUGACUGCUCUGUUUGUGCAGUCAAUAUACGGUGCUGUAUUGGCUGUGCGUGUGCGUGCACAUGCGUGUUUGCAUUUGUGCAUUUAAGGAGCUAAUGAGCUAAUGAGCCUGGCCAUAUGCAGCAGACGGCACAGCAUCCAUGUCACACAGAAUGCCUCCUCACAUUACUCUUAACAGACUGACCAUCUGACCAGCAGCACCACAGGAGGAUAGAGGGGAGAGGGGAGAUGGAAAGGUGUGAGAGAGCGAGAAAGGAGGGAGAGGAGAGUGCCCAAUUUUCAUCUAUCUGUCACUGCCCCAAUUUACACCCUCUAAUAUGCAUUUGGCAUGGUUCACAUUUGCACUGAAAGAAAACCCACAUGCGUGCAUGCACACACAGCCUCAAUCACAACCAACCAGCCAGCCUCAAUCACAACCAACCAGCCAGCCUCAAUCACAACCAACCAACCAGCCUCAAUCAAGACAUUAAGCAGCCGUGGAGUGAGAGAGCGGACAACUGGGACUGUAAUUAGUUGUGAUUAAGGAGCUGUCUGUCUGUGUUGAGGAGAAGCAGCAACAGUUAGAGGGAGAGUGGAGACGAGGAGUGAGAGGACUGAUAGGUCCAGACUCUGACUCCUCCCUGAUUCUCCCCAGCCCUCUACCCUGCCAACAGCUGUCAGCUGGGAGGAGGAGAAGAGAGAGAGAGACAGAGACAGAGAGAGAUAAUUGUAAGGGGGGUUAGGAGAAAGAAAGACAAUAAGGACAGACUCUUAACUUUCAACAAGAGAAGGCCAGAAACGACCUAGAAACGUGCAAUAGUAUGCAAUAUGCGGUAAUGUCAUAAUCUCUUGCUAUCUAACCUCAAAGCAGAGGCAAGGAUAUGUAUUAUACGGUGAACAGGGAGAGCUGGGAUUUGCAGUGCUCUUUGAUCCUUCAGCAGCCCCUCUCGGCCCCCAAUCCACCAAUAAUGUUUUCUGGCCGAGAGUACUUAGCACCUCUGAACAGAGUGCCGGCCUUAAUUUGCGAACCGAGUAUGCACCAAUUUUACAUGUAAAAUCAUGUGAAAUGUCGUCAGUCAGACGUCUACAGCGGCACAGCGCCCUGAACAAUCGGCAGACGAACACUAGAUCCACAUUCGGCGCGAAGUGUGCAAGCCCUAACUGGCAAAACAUGAGAUGGGGGAGAGAAAGGCAGGGAGGGGGAGAGGGGGAGACAGAGAAGGAUAUAUACACUGAACACAAAUAUAAACACAACAUGUAAAGAGAAUUUGGCAGUAUGUCCAACCGGCCUCACAAUCGCAGACCACGUGUAUGGCUUUGUGUGGGCGAGAGGUUUGCUGAUGUCAACGUUGUGAACAGAGUGCCCCAUGGUAGCGUUGGGGUUAUCAAUCAAUCAAUCAAAUGUAUUUAUAAAGCCCUUUUUACAUCAGCAGAUGUCACAAAGCGCUAUACAGAAACCCAGCCUAAAACCCCAAACAGCAAGCAAUGCAGAUGUAGAAGCACGGUGGCUAGGAAAAACUCCCUAGAAAGGCAGAAACCUAGGAAGAAACCUAGAGAGGAACCAGGCUCUGAGGGGUGGCCAGUCCUCUUCUGGCUGUGCCGGGUGGAGAUUAUAAGAGUACAUGGGCAUUUUCAUUUUAUUGAUGGCAAUUUGAAUGCACAGAAAUACCAUGACGUGAUCCUGAGGCCCAUUGUCCAUAGAUUAGGGCCUAAUUCAUUUAUUUCAAUUGACUGAUUUCCUUAUAUGAACUGUAACUCAGUAAAAUCUUUGAAGUUGUUGCAUGUUGCGUUAAUAUUUUUGUUCACAGAGAGAGCUCUGAGUGUGAAUAGAGCCCUGAACCAACCAUCCCUCCCCCACCUCACCAUCUCUCCCCCACCUCAUGAAUCCACCCCCUCACCAUCCUCCCACCCCACCACACCAUCCCUCCCCCACUCACCAUCCCCCCACCUCAAACCACCCCAUCACCACCCAUCCCCCCCCACCACACCAUCUCUCCCCCACCUCACCAUCUCUCCCCCACCUCAUGAAUCCUACCCCACCUCACCAUCCCAUCCCACCCCCACCACACCAUCCCUCCCCCACCUCACCAUCUCUCCCCCACCUCAUGAAUCCUACCCCACUCACCAUCCCACCCCACCACCCAUCCCCCCCCACUACCAUCUCCCCCACCCAAUCACCCUCACUACCCCCCUCACCUCUCCCCCACCUCAUGAAUCCUACCCCACCUCACCAUCCCACCCCCACCACCACCAUCCCUCCCCCACCUCACCAUCUCUCCCCCCACCUCACCAUCCCACCCCCACCACACCAUCCCUCCCCCACCUCACCAUCUCUCCCCCACCUCAUGAAUCCUACCCCACCUCACCAUCCCCACCCCCACCACACCAUCCCUCCCCCACCUCACCAUCCCUCCCCCACCUCACCAUCCCUCCCCCACUUCACCAUCCCACCCCCACCACACCAUCCCUCCCCCACCUCACCAUCCCUCCCCAGCUUUCUGGCAACACUGUCUCCGACAGAGUAAGACGUUGAAGUGAAUGGAAUCACGUAUUAGCAGAUGGGCUGCACCAGUAGCCUUCUGAGGAUAAGUGUUAUAUCCAGCCCAGCAGUAACCGAGAAGUCCACCACCUGACCCUCUCUGGGAGGCCAUUACAUUGGCUCAUUAAUUGACCUAUUCCAUGUUAGCUGGAGACUUAAACUUUAGGCUCCUUGUUCAUUACAGAUGUAGGAUUUUAACUUGACCCAGGUUUUCACAGUAAAAUAAUCAUGCAGCAACAGGAUUUGAACUUUUGAUGUUGCUUGAUCAGUGGUUAGGCUAUUAGCUGGCCAAAAGUAGGCUACAUGACAAGUGCAAUACUGUUAAUAUAAACGUGAGUUAGUGUGGGUUUUUAGUGAAUUUUGUAAAUCACGAGGCUCAUCUGCAUUUCAUGUGGUGCAGGGGAAUUCUCAGCAACAAAAAUGAUCAAAUUAAGAUCCUACAUCUGUAGGAUCCCAUGCUCUCUCUCUGCAUCUUGCUGGCUCACUGCAAGAUGGAGUGAACGGGUAAAUAUGUUUGAUUAUUUAUGAUGAGUGCAGAGUUAGAAUGCAGUCAGCUCCUUUCCCUCCACUCAGUUUGGAUCCAAGCUAUAGGACCACCUCAGGACCAUAUUGUGUUAUUCAUGAAAAGGUCUGGAAGUGAGAGGGCCAUAGUCAAAUGCAGAGCAUCCAAUCCAACACUCUCUCACACACAGCACCUAUUAACAAGAUCAACGUUGAAAACGAGAGACACUCAUAGGUGUCCGAUCCUCAGAUGCCUAGAUCAGUGAUUAGCAAUGUGGAUCAUCAGAGUCUGGCACUGCGCUAAUGCUUCCGGCUAGGAAAAUCUGUUCACAAAGAUUCAUAAAUAGAGAGACAGAUCCUUCAGGUUUCAGGGCUGUCGCUGGGCAAUAUGGACUUUCAGCUCCCUCCAAAGAUUUUCUAUUGGGUUCAGGUCUGGAGACUGGCUAGGCCACUCCAGGACCUUGAGAUGCUUCUUACGGAGCCACUCCUUAGUUGCCCUGGCUGUGUGUUUCGGGUCAUUGUCAUGCUGGAAGACCCAGCCACGACCCAUCUUCAAUGCUCUUACUGAGGGAAGGAGGUUGUUGGCCAAGAUCUCGCGAUACAUGGCCCCAUCCAUCCUCCCCUCAAGACCGAGGGUGAUUGACUGUCAUCUUGAACUUCUUCCAUUUUCUAAUAAUUGCGCCAACAGUUGUUGCCUUCUCACCAAGCUGCUUGCCUAUUGUCCUGUAGCCCAUCCCAGCCUUGUGCAGGUCUACAAUUUUAUCCCUGAUGUCCUUACACAGCUCUCUGGUCUUGGCCAUUGUGGAGAGGUUGGAGUCUGUUUGAUUGAGUGUGUGGACAGAUGUCUUUUAUAUGUGAUCAUAUCCCAAUGUAAUCAAGGGUUGAAAUGAUUAUGUUUUUGUCAAAUACUAUCGGUUUGGCCUUCUUGCGGUCAAUUUGCAGAGUACAAAUUAUUUCUAAUUAUGUUCCGGCCCCCCGACCAUCCUCUCAAGAAAAAAUCAUCCCGCGGCUGAAUGUAAUUGGGGAUCCCCUGGUGUAGAGGGUGUGGGAUGUAGAUUAUAGCUAUUACAUGCUUUAACAUCAUUGUGCAUUAUUAUAGACCAGUUAGCACUGUUUGUAUUAUUAUUACCAUAAUUACGAUCCAUAUCAUCAUGGCCUGUCCAUGUUUAACUCAAGACUAACAGGAAACAACAGACUGAGAGAACAGAAACACAGUGGGGAGUGUCUUUCUCAGUUUCUCCAGUUCCUCUCCGCCCCUUUCAAUUUGAUUCAAUUCGUAGGGCUUUAUUGGCAUGGCAAACAUAUGUUUACAUUGCCAAAGCAAGUGAAAUAGAUAAUAAACUAAAGUGAAAUAAACAAUUAAAAAUUAACAGUAAACAUUACACUCACAAAAGUUCCAAAAUAAUAGAGACAUUUCAAGUGUCCUAUUAUGGCUAUAUACAGUGUUGUAACGAUGUGCAAAUAGUUAAAGUACAAAAGGGAAAAUAAAUCAACAUAAAUAUGCGUUGUAUUUACAAUGGUGUUUGUUCUUCACUGGUUGCCCUUUUCUUGUGGAAACAGGUUACACAUCUUGCUUCUGUGAUACUCUGUCAUUUCCUGAGAUUCUGUGAGUGAAUGAGAGGGAGGGAGGAAGGAAAGAGAGAGAGGGAUGGAUGGAUGGAUGGAGAGAAAGAAAGAGGGCUGCUCUCUUUCAUUUCCUGAGAUUAUGCAUCUCUUAAAUCUAUCUGUUUAUCUCUCUGUCUCUUUAGCGUAGCCUCUGACAGCACUGUACCCCUCCACAACUGUUAACACACACAAAUGCCUCUACUCCGGACUCUGCUGCUGUGACUACAGGGGGAGGAGGAGAGGAGAGAUUACGGGGGAGGAGGGAGAGACUACGGGGGAGGAGGAGAGACACAGUGGAGGAGGAGAGGAGAGACUACAGGGGGAGGAGGAGAGGAGAGCACAUUUACAUUUUACUUAAGCUUUAGCAGACGUCGGGAUGGGAGGAGGAUUACGGGGGAGGAGGAGGAGAGAUUACAGGGGGAGGAGGAAAGACUACAGGGGGAGGAGGAGAGACUACAGGGGAGGAGGGAGGAGAAUUACGGGGGGAGGAGGAAGAGGGAGAGAUUACGGGGGAGGAGGAGAGUUACGAGGAAGAGUACGGGGGGGAGGCCAUGGAGAGGAGGAGAGACUACAGGGGGAGGAGGAGAAUACGGGGAGGAGGAGAGAGCAUACAGGGGGAGGAGAGGAGAUUACGGGGGAGGAGAAGGAGAGAUACGGGGGAGGAGGAGAGGAGAGAUUCACGGGAGGAGAGAGAGAGACUACAGGGGGAGGAGGAGACACAGGGAGGAACGAAGGAGAGACUACAGGGGGGGAGGAGAGGAGAGACUACAGGGGGAGGAGGAGAGGAGAGACUAAGGGGGAGGAGGAGAGAUUACGGGGGAGGAGGAGAGGAGAGAUUACGGGGGAGGAGGAGAGACAACAGUGGGAGGAGGAGAGGAGAGACUACAGGGGGAGGAGGAGAGGAGAGACAACAGUGGGAGGAGGAUGGAGGAGAGACUACAGGGGGAGGAGGAGAGGAGAGGACAACAGUGGGAGGAGGAGAGGAGAGAUUACAGGGGGAGGAGGUUAAAUUUAGAAUGCUGCAUAGAUAUGGUAAGGGAUAUGCUAACUCCAUCUCUCUUUGUCUCUUUCUUUCUAUCUCUCCAUCUUUCUGUAUUUCUCUAUUUCUGUAAUCUCCCCCUUUCUCACACUCUUCUUCCUUUCUCCCCCCAUCCCUCCCUCUCUCCCUCUCCCCUCUCUCCCAGGUACAUGCCUGAUUCUGGGCUGCAUGAUCUACCCAGACGGCUGGGACAGUGACGAGGUGAAGAGGAUGUGUGGGGAGCAGACAGACAAGUACACCCUGGGAGCGUGCUCCGUGCGCUGGGCCUACAUCCUGGCUAUCAUGGGCAUCAUGGACGCCCUGAUACUCUCCUUCCUGGCCUUCGUCCUGGGAAACCGUCAGGAUGGGCUGAUGGCUGAUGAGCUGCUGGAUAGUAAGGACAACACUUGAUCUAAGAUCAGUUUGGGAUUUUAGGUCGUUAUGAAUAAGAUUACAUGGAGAGGGGGGACCUGAUUCUAGAUCAGCACUCCUACGCUGAAAUGCUUUGUGAAUACGAGCUGUGGACUUUCCUCAUAUGAGCAUGCCAUACAGAGGCUGUCUCACAAAGUGAUAGUUGAAGUCUGUGUUAGGUCAUAGAGCAAUGUUCUUCAGCCCUGCUCCUGGGGACCCACAGGGUGUCUAUCUGUCUCUGAAGGGCAGCACCAUACUGAUGUGUUAGUGCUGGGUGGGAACAAACACCUGCACACCCUUUGGCUCUCCAGGACCAGGAGUGAAGAACACUGAUGCACAGAAUAACAGAACCUCUGUAACAGAAGUCUGAGCACCCUCUCCUCCAGACCCUUCCACAUCUCCCAUAUCUUGGGGUUUAGUGCAUUUUGGCUGAUAAAUACAAACUUCUUAUCAACCCCCUCCUCCAAAGCCCAUAGCAUGGGGUGGGUGUGUAUCAAAGGUAGCAACUGUACCCUUCUGUCAGAACCCCACAUCCCACACGGUAGACAUUCAUAUUCCGUCCCUUUUUUAUGCAAGCAUUUUCAGCAUAAUUUCACACACACGAGCCACAAGCAAUUAGCAUAUUUUAACUGCUUCUCACAUAACACCUGCUUGCUGUUAUUACCAAUGGGAUUGGGGAUUGGUGAGUCAGAGAGAGAGAGAGAAGAAAACAAGAUGGCGGAGUCAAAGAGAGUGGCUAAAACGACAAGAAGGGGGGAAGGAAAAGAAAAAAGAGAGAGAUGUAGAACAUAAGAUGGAAGAAAAAAGGGAGAUAAUUUAGGUAGUCAUGAAUUACUAAUGGCUGUUUACACAGCUUGGCUGUCAGCCUGUCUAAAUGAAUCACAAGAGCUGGAUCAGCAUCAGCUAGGGCUGCCUGUUGGGGCAGGAGAACGCUGUGGAACAGAGGGAGGAAGCCAUUAUCAGCUAUAGGACAGGAGGAGAGAGAGGAGUGA